AUGAUUUCUGAAAGCGUGGUCGAUCUUUCGCGGUUCCAAUUUGCAAUGACCGCGAUGUAUCACUUUAUAUUUGUACCACUUACUCUAGGUCUGGCUUUUAUUCUUGCCAUUAUGGAAACCACUUAUGUGAUUUCUGGUAAAGAAAUUUAUAAAGACAUGACCAAAUUCUGGGGCAAACUUUUUGGUAUUAACUUUGCUUUAGGUGUAACCACUGGUCUGACCAUGGAAUUCCAGUUCGGUACAAACUGGGCGUACUACUCUCACUAUGUGGGUGAUAUUUUUGGUGCGCCACUUGCCAUUGAAGGAUUGAUGGCAUUCUUUCUAGAAUCAACUUUUAUUGGUUUAUUCUUCUUUGGCUGGGAUCGCCUUUCAAAAGUUCAACAUUUAAGUGUGACGUGGUUAGUUGCGCUGGGUUCGAAUUUAUCCGCAUUAUGGAUUUUAGUUGCUAAUGGUUGGAUGCAAAAUCCUGUCGGUUCAGAAUUUAAUUUUGAAACCAUGCGUAUGGAACUUGUCGACUUUGGUGCUUUGAUUUUUAACCCAGUUGCUCAAGUGAAAUUUGUUCACACGGUGUCUGCAGGUUAUGUGACUGGUGCAAUCUUUGUUCUCGCCAUUUCAAGUUAUUACUUAUUGAAAAAACGUGAUUUACCAUUUGCGCGUCGCUCUUUCGCCAUCGCUGCAAUCUUUGGUUUAGCGUCUACACUUUCAGUCAUCUUAUUGGGUGAUGAAUCUGGUUAUGAGCUUGGUGAUGUUCAAAAAACCAAGUUGGCUGCAAUUGAGUCUGAGUGGGAAACACAUCCUGCACCUGCGCCAUUUACUUUAUUUGGUAUUCCAAAUCAGGAAGAACAACGUACUGACUAUGCCAUAAAAAUCCCGUAUGCGAUGGGUAUUAUUGCCACACGUUCACUCGAUAAAGAAGUCACUGGGCUUAAAGAUUUGAUGGUUCAACAUGAGGCCCGUAUCCGUAAUGGUAUGGUGGCAUAUAGCGAACUUGAAAAACUUCGUGCUGGUGACCGCUCACCUGAACUGAUGGCAUCGUUCAAAGAAAACCAAAAAGAUUUAGGUUAUGGCUUACUUCUUAAAAAAUAUACUGAAAAUGUAACAGAUGCUUCUGAAGCACAUAUUCAAGCAGCAACAAAAGAUACCAUUCCAAAUGUAACCGCAUUGUUCUUCUCUUUCCGUGCAAUGGUCGCUUCUGGUUUCUUAAUGCUACUCCUGUUUAUUCUUGCAACAUUUGCUGUGGCAAAACGCAAUGCAGAAAAUAAACCAUGGUUACUUAAAUUUGCAUUGUUUGCACUACCUUUACCUUGGAUUGCAGCACAAACAGGUUGGUAUGUAGCAGAAGGUGGUCGUCAACCGUGGACCAUUGGUGAAGUGUUGCCUACACAUCUCUCUGCCUCAAGUUUAAGCACUGGCGAUGUAUGGGGAUCAAUCAUUGCAUUAGCCGCGUUCUAUACUGUGUUAUUGAUUAUUGAAAUGUAUUUAAUGAUCAAAUUCUCACGCUUAGGACCAAGCUCUUUACAUACAGCAAGCUCAAACUGGGGAGAAUCAAUCAUGAUCGAAUAUGAACUUCUCAAAAUUAUCUGGUGGGUUUUAGUCGGUGUUCUACUGAUUGGCUUUGCCCUCACAGAUGGUUUCGAUAUGGGCUCAAUGGCACUGAUGCCAUUUGUAGGUAAAACUGAUGAUGAACGCCGUGCAGCAAUCAAUACCAUUGCACCGCAUUGGGAAGGUAACCAAGUUUGGUUCGUGACUGCGGGUGGCGCACUAUUUGCUGCUUGGCCUAUGGUUUAUGCAACGGCUUUUUCCGGUAUGUAUUGGGCGCUUUUGCUGGUCUUAUUUGCACUCUUCCUGAGACCUGUUGGCUUUGACUAUCGCUCUAAACUGCAAAAUACCCAAUGGCGUAAUUCCUGGGAUUGGGGCUUAUGUAUCGGCGGUGCUGUACCUGCGCUAGUUUUCGGUGUUGCAUUUGGUAAUAUGUUCUUAGGCGUCCCGUUUACUUUAGAUGAGACUGUACGUUCAACUUAUACAGGUAGCUUCUUUGCCCUGCUUAAUCCAUUUGCAUUGGUUUGCGGUAUAGUGAGCUUGUCGAUGCUGUGUGCACAUGGUGGCGCAUGGUUAAUGCUGCGUACAGAUGGUGUAUUACGUCAACGUUCUGCUAAAGCAACGCAAUUGAUGGGUAUACUCUUCUUAGUUACCUUCUUGGGCGUGGGUGCUUGGUUAUAUUUUGGUGGCAUCGAAGGAUAUACUUUGGUACAACCAUUUAAUACCAAUGCUGUUGCCAAUCCGCUUGCGAAAGAAGUAUUAACAACGGGUAAUCAUGGUUGGAUGAAUAACUAUUCAAUUUACCCAAUCACCAUGCUUGCACCUAUUUCUGCAAUCUUUGGCGCAAUCCUGAUUAUCUUUGGUGCUGGUAAAAACAAAGCUGGCGUCAGCUUUACAGGUUCUACCUUAGCGGUGACGGGUUCAAUUUUAACUGCUGGUUUUGCAUUGUUCCCAUUCUUAAUGCCAUCAAGUAUUAAUCCAACUGUAAGUUUAACCAUGUGGGAUGCGGUUUCAAGUAAGAAUACAUUGACAGUAAUGACUGUGGUUGCUUCUAUAUUUGUGCCAAUUAUUUUAAUCUAUACCACAUGGUGUUAUUACAAAAUGUGGGGCGUUAUCACCAACAAACAUGUUCAAGAUAACUCACACAGCCUGUACUAA